GUCUUUAGGACCCAGCAGGCGGCGGCAGGCGGCAGUUGUGUAGAUCGCUGAGAGACUACGAGGGUCCGGUUCAGUUUUAAUUCUGUCUCUAAUCUCUGCAACAGCCGCGCUUCCUGGGUCCCGCGGCUCCCGCGCGCGAUCUGCCGCGGCCGGCUGCUGGGCAAAAAUCAGAGCCGCCUCCGCCCCAUUACGCAUCAUGGAAACCCUCCAGGAAAAAGUGGCCCCGGAAGCGCGAGCCUGAGGAUUCUGCACAAAAGAGGUGCCCAAAAUGAAGACCCUGAUGCGCCAUGGUCUGGCAGUGUGUUUAGCGCUCACCACCAUGUGCACCAGCUUGUUGCUAGUGUACAGCAGCCUCGGCGGCCAGAAGGAGCGGCCCCCGCAGCAGCAGCAGCAGCAACAGCAGCAGCAGGCGUCGGCCACCGGCAGCUCGCAGCCGGCGGCGGAGAGCAGCACCCAGCCGCGCCCUGGGGUCCCCGCGGGACCGCGGCCACUGGACGGAUACCUCGGAGUGGCGGACCACAAGCCCCUGAAAAUGCACUGCAGGGACUGUGCCCUGGUGACCAGCUCAGGGCAUCUGCUGCACAGUCGGCAAGGCUCCCAGAUUGACCAGACAGAGUGUGUCAUCCGCAUGAAUGACGCCCCCUCACGCGGCUAUGGGCAUGACGUGGGCAAUCGCACCAGCCUGAGGGUCAUCGCACAUUCCAGCAUCCAGAGGAUCCUCCGCAACCGCCACGACCUGCUCAACGUGAGCCAGGGCACCGUGUUCAUCUUCUGGGGCCCCAGCAGCUACAUGCGGCGGGAUGGCAAGGGCCAGGUCUACAACAACCUGCAUCUCCUGAGCCAGGUGCUACCCCGGCUGAAGGCCUUCAUGAUUACUCGCCACAAGAUGCUGCAGUUUGAUGAGCUCUUCAAGCAGGAGACUGGCAAAGACAGGAAGAUAUCCAACACUUGGCUCAGCACUGGCUGGUUCACAAUGACAAUUGCACUGGAGCUCUGUGACAGGAUCAAUGUUUAUGGCAUGGUGCCCCCAGACUUCUGCAGGGAUCCCAAUCACCCUUCAGUACCUUAUCAUUAUUAUGAACCUUUUGGGCCUGAUGAAUGUACAAUGUACCUCUCCCAUGAGCGAGGACGCAAGGGCAGUCAUCACCGCUUUAUCACAGAGAAACGAGUCUUUAAGAACUGGGCACGGACAUUCAAUAUUCACUUUUUUCAACCAGACUGGAAACCAGAAUCACUUGCUAUAAAUCAUCCUGAGAAUAAACCUGUGUUCUAAGGAAUGAGCGUACCAGACUAUAAUCCCAGGUAUUCACUGCAUCAGACUCCGAGACCCUGAACUUCCUGAGCCACCAGACAGGAAAGGGUAGCAGAAAACCACUUCACUACUCAGGAAGUACCAUGGACAGAUGCCUACCAGGCGUGACAAAGCAGUGCAGUUGGAUUGUAAGGAAAAAUUCCGGAAUUAAUGCAUCCUAAUGAGUGUUGUCCCCUUCAAUGGUGUUACUUUAGGAGCUGAACAUUCAAUUCAGUUAUACCACUAUGACUAAAAACAGUCUGGAUCUCUUAGUAUUGCCUUUGAAACUGCAACAUAAGCAACUCAACAAUAUUAGUUGCAUUCCUUUAUAGAAAGACCAUGUCAAAGACGUUUUUCUAUCAAGUUGUAUUCUUUCCUGUUCUAUAACCUUUGUCAUCUGUUAGACUGUGUAUGUGUGAUUUGUAAAAAGCAGACUGAAACUAUGGACAUGAUUUCUGAACAGCACAUCUCCACUGACUUUCAUGAAGCAAAUGUCCAAUAUGUAUUUAUUGAGAGUUUUUUAGUGCAAUCUAGGCCAGUAUUUUUAUAGACUAUGAUUAUGUGGUAAUUCUUCCUAACUCUUUAAUCCUGAAUGAUGGUUGGAAAUGGCCUAGAAUUAGGUUACUCUGUUCACAAUGCUCAUUGUUAGCAUGCAAUUGGUAUUUGACUUGGAAGUGUUGUGUUGUAUUUUUUGAACCCCUAGGCUUCAGGAAAACUGCUCUUUUAUAAAAAGAAUAGCAAUGACAUUUUCUAAUGUGCAGAAAUGUUCCAAAAGGACAAAAUUGAAAACCAAAAACUAUGUUAUUAAAACAAAAAAACGCUAACAAGAGAAAUUUAAAGGUAGUUUUCUUUAGUAAUAAUUUAUGUAAGUGUCCUCUCUUGAGCCCUAGUUUCCUCUUUGGCAGAAUGAUGUCACUGUACCAGACAACCUCUUAGGUUUCAUCCCAAAUCUAAACUUGUGGCCUCUUCUUGACCCAUUUGAAGACUCUGCACUUGGGAGUGAUGGGGCCCCAACAGUAGCAGGAACCUUAUUUUGGGGAGCCUUAUCUACAUUCAUAUUACUUAUCUCACUCUUGUGGUUAAAACUACACUUCUUCCUUGGUCCACAUGGGCUAAAAUCUACCCCCUGCUUCUCUCGAAGCAUCACCAUCCACCUCUUCCCCAGCAUCUCAACACAAAAACACAGGAUACACACACGCACACACAAAAGACAUACUUCCAAGGGGUUCCCUGGCUACAAGAGCAAAGAGCUUCCCUUCUGUGAGGAAAAGAGACUACAAGGACAUGCUGUAUUCAUUCAACUCAUUUAUGCUAUGAACUGUUUAGACUCACUACAAAUCUUCUUAGAUUAUAUUCAUUACCAUUCCCUGGUCUGAAGGAGUAUAAAGGACUUAUUUUAUUCAGAGCCAAGAUAAAUUCAUAUUAUAGAUUUUUAUUUAAACAAGUAAUAUUGUUCAAAAAUAGUCUCUUAUAAAUAUACUAGUGUUUUCUUUACACAUGACUUAGAAGGCAUUAGUUUCUCUAAUGCCAAAUUUGAAGGCACCGGCAAAUGUUAUGUAUGAAGACUGACAUUGUUUUAUAGACAUGACCUGGCUUGUGAUUAAAGAAGUUUUAUCACAUUACCACUUCUUUUCCCUUUUCUUAAUUAGUACACUAACUAGUACUAUUAAUUAUACGGAGUACUGUUGUUAAAAUGCAAACACAAUCAGGGUACUCGCAUAACAUAAACAAAGUUGAUAUUGUUGUGUGCGGCUUGGGCUGUUCAAAGCCAGUAAGAUUGAAAUGGCUGUCCAAAACAUACUGGAAUAUGUUAAGUUUUCUCAUAGUUUUUAAAGGGACCAUGAAUUUUAUUCCAACACAUUGUCUUCCACAGCAUGGACUCUGAACACAUCGUAUUUUAUCAACAUAUGAAAAAGUGUAUUAAUUUUAUACAAUUUACUUAUAGGCUACCUUUAUAAUCACUUGAAGAGAUUAUGUUGCUCAAACGUAAGUGGCUCCUUUGACAAUUUCUAUAUUUGUGGAAAUUUGGAAAGGCAUAGUUUCAACAUGCAAGAAUGUAAUUAUAUUGCCUCAUCUAAUAAUAUCUCACAUAUCUAUCUUCAGAUUUUAGAUUUUCUUUAUUAAAAAAACCAUCAUGGUAGCUCCAUCUUGUUUGUAACUUCUCCCUCUCAAAUACUCAAAAGAAUGAGGAGACCAAAUUCUGAAAAUUCUGGCUUCACUGGGAAAUGUUUUAAAUCUACAUAUAGCUAGGAUAUGUGAUUUCGUAUUUUUUAAAAAUGUGGUGUAAAUAAGUGCAAAAAAUUACCACUUGCAAAGUGGUUUUAUUACAGCAUUAAAGAAAAUGAAUAGAAUUCUGAUAGAUUGUGCUGAUGAACCUGGUUGUGGGCAAUUGAAUUCUUGUCUUGCCACUACCAUUUCAUGACUGUUGUCUUAACACUAUUCAACACCAUUAAAUAUAAACUCUGAUAUAAAAGAUGACUACAGAACCAUGUUUAUAGACCUCGGUGAUUUCAGUAUCUGAUUGUGUUUGAUGCCUAAGUCAUACUCGUUAUGUUACAUACCUUUUUCCUCUCUCCCAGCUGUGUCAUCAGCUCCCUCCUAGCUUUUAAGACCACAGUAAUACAAUGCCACAGCUGGCCGAUCCAUGGCUUCCGUUAUUUCAACACAAGAACAUUUGGCAGAGGCCAUUACAAUAGAUAGCCAUUAUGGGCAAAGAUACAGGAAUUUGCAAACAAAAUCAAUCACUUCAAAUGGCCCAUAAAAAGAGGAAUCUCAGAUUUAAUAUUCUACAGUAAAUAUUCACCCAAGAAAGCAUACAUUAAAAGAACAUUAGGAGGUAAAUAUUCAGCAUGCUGUGUGGAGACUUAGCUGUGUGAUUUCCAUUACCGUUAAUGGGCUUUUGGCAACUAAGUCCCUGUGCUUUGCUAACCAUGGUGUGUACUCCUAAGGGCUACACAUAAAACCUGGGCAAUUCAGGGACUUCUGAGGUCAUCAGAUUUCAGAGUAAGAUCUUUUCUUUAAAAAAAAGAAUAGAUGAAAGCAAAACACAAAGUACAGUACCUAAAAGAGAAAUUUGUGUGGUCUCUCACAAUCCUUAGGUUGCUACCAGAUUUGUGUAUCCUUUGUUUUCUGAAGUUCUCUCCAUUACUGAUCUAUUUGAAUGACAUGAGAAUGGAGGGAAAUAAUCUCAUUUUGAAAUAAAAACUCCCCUCAAAAAUUAAAAUUACCGACUUAGAAGAUAAUGAAUGCUAAGUAAAAGUAGAAGGAGAAAGUUGAAAUUCUAUUAGGAUUAAGACAGUGUUAUUUAAAAGCAUAUGCACCCAUUUAGUACCUGCCUAAAUAUUUGCCCUUGUGUAAGAGCAAACUCAUUUCAGAAAUAUAUCCUGAAUUCCACCAGGGUGAUGGUUCAAACUGUUAAAUAAACCUACUCUGAAAGAAGGUUCCAUGUUCCUAUUCUCUCUCUGCAGUGUUAGGAGGUGAUGUUAACACUCUGUAUGUUUUGUAUCUGACCCAAUCAUUUCUUCCAUUCUCAUUGCUUCUCUCUUAAACCUCAUUGUAUCUCUUUACUGUCAUUUUCUCCCGAUUGUCUUCUUUUGUCUACAGUGUCCUCUUAAACCAGCAGUCUUUGGGGCAGUUAAGGUCUUCCUUGUAGGUUUUUACACUAAAGAUCUAUCUGGGGAACAGAUUUGGGGUAGGUCCUGCCAGAGUAAUGACCAUGGUAGGUGGGAGGAAUAUAUCUGGCUACCAUACAAGGUACUUCAGAAGUACCAUUAUGGUUUGCCCAGGGCCAGGUGGGGAGUGAAGAAGAGGGGUCCCCAAGACACAGACUUCAGUGCUAAAACCAGGGAAGUCCUGGGCUCCAUGACAGUGGCUCACCCUAUCAGAAGGCCACCUCAAAGAGAAUUAUAAUAAUAAGCCCUGGGGGGCAGGAUGUGUGAACCAAUUGCCUAGGUGUUAGCACAUGCCAGAAGGUACUCUGGAAUGGAAAGAGGUGAGAGUGUCUCAAGGUUUAAAAAUGAGCAAGUGUAGCCCCUCUUUUGUAGCUCACUCAUCCCACCUUCUCAGGGUGUUGAAAUGCAAAUGCAAAAAGGCUGAAACCCUGUUUCUUUCUACUCAGUGCCCUAAUAUUAUAUACUGCCUUGAAUUGUCCUUUGUCUUUUUAUGUGUGUGUCCUGUUAGUCUAAUUAGAUUGUAAGCUCCUUGAGGGCAGAGACUCUUUCUCCUUUGUCUCUGCAGCCUAUACCUAGUAUAGUGCCUUGCACACAAUAGGCGCUCAAUAAAUGUCUGUUGUUGAUGAUGA